AUGGAUAGUUUGCUUCAAACUUUGAGACAUCCCAAGGCUCCUGAGCCUUCCGGGCGCUUCUAUGCACAUCUGCUGAAAGCCGAAUUGAACGCAUUGCUAGACUCGGACAUCUUCACCGAAGUGCUCGUCAUCGAAGAAUUCCAUACUACUGCUUCGAAUGAGGAAUUGUUGCACCUAGCCAUUGGUAGUUUAAUCGCAUUUUUACAGUUCAAUUUCCUCGGUCCUCGUGAUAAAACCCAACAAAGUGACCCGACGAGCUUAGAAAACACACGGGCACAACUAAAAUCUGACGGCGAGGAACUAAACGUAAAUGUUGUGCGUGCGGAUUGUUUGUUAGUUUGCAAAAAGAUAUUUGAACGGCUUAUCAAUCACGAUGCGGAAUCGAACGCUUCCGCUGGAAGCCAGCUUUGCUUGCGACUCUGGUAUCAACGGUACUUACUCGUCCAUCAGCGCUGCAUCGACGAUCUUACGCACGAACUGUACGAGCGGUUCAAUGGAAAUGUGGCCGCACUCGAAGCAACCCUCACUGAUGCUGAUAGAUCGUUGAAGGUUGAAAUUUGUUUAGAAAUUCUUUUGGGAUAUAUUCAAUUCAAACGCAUUACCAAAUCGGAACAGUGGUUAUCGAAGCUUGAAUCCUCCUCAAACGUUGCACUGUCCGUUGAGGGAGCAUUGGGUGUGCGCACAAAGUUUCAACAGAACCCACUGCCGCAGCUGAUACUUCGGUUGCAAGGUGUCGACGAUCUAGAACUGCCCGAUGCCUGCGAAACGCACGGAAACUUCAAACUACCGUCCAUCCUAAAGCUGGAAGAUGAGGUCCGCUUGGAGAAGGUAAAGUUUCUGAACGAACAGGAAAACGAAGAUCUUCAGUUGCCCGCUUUAGUGCAGAACAUGGUGCUUGGGAAGUUAUAUUUCCUGUACGUUUCCCAACCGAAAGAGCAAUUAACGCUGGAAGAGAUACAACCCUACAUAACUUCGCUCGUUUAUCAGCGUUUCGGACCUUGGGAGACGCGUGUGGCAGCACUCUUCCUGAACGCCACCAUUGAAGCCACGCACAAGCGCACUGUUGAUCGUUCGCUGCGACAGAUCGAGGAACUAAUACAGCAAUUCGCCACAGCUCCUUCUGAUGAAAGCGCAUCCAUCCCGAUAGAGCAUAGACUUCCAAUGGUGUUCAGCUCUUGGCUCAUUUCCUACUGGCAGAUGAAGGAAAAAUUGGCCGAUGUAAUGGUUAGUCUCGGUAUGGUAAAGGGUGCCCUCGACAUCUACCAAGCGGUUCAAAGUUGGGAAAAUGUGAUCGACUGCUAUACGGUACUCGAGAUGCGUCAUCUUGCCGCUGCCGUCAUUAGAGAGCUGAUCGAACGAAAUGGACCCACGGUACGGUUGUACUGCAUGCUGGGAGAUGCUACGGACGACGUCGAUUGUUACCAACAGGCCUGGAACCUAUCCAAAGAAACGAGUGCCAGUGCACAGCGACACUGGGGCAACUAUUACUUCGCUCGCAAAGAUUACACAUCAGCGAUCGAGCAUCUGCGUCGUUCGAUUGAAAUUAACUGUCUGCAGGAACGGACACUGCUACGGCUCGGGUAUUCAGCCCUGCAGCUCGAGCGCUGGGAGGAGGCAGCCUAUGCGUACCGGCUGUACACGUCCUUCGAAAGUCACGGUUUCGAACCGUGGAAUAACCUCGCCAAAGCGUACAUCAUGUUGGGGGAAAAGCCCCGAGCACACAAAGUCCUACAGGAAGCGCUCAAGUGUAAUUUCAGCAACUGGAAGGUAUGGGAAAACUAUCUGCUCGUCUGUAUCGAUACGAGGAAUUUCGCGGACGCACUGAACGCGUACGAACGCUUGCUAGAACUGAAGGAUCGUUACUACGACAAGCAGGUGCUGGAAAUUAUUGUACGUGCAAUCGUGCUGGGCGAAUCGGAUGCCGACGGGACGUCUUGCAGUCGACUGAAGAAGAAAGCGAUCAGCAUGCUUGGCCAUGCCUGUGCUCAGCAACCGAACAAUGGAUAUCUGUACGAGUUGGCAGCAGAGCUGGAAGAUACGGAUUUGCUGCGUUGCCAAAAGCUCCAGAACGCGUACCGCGGAUACACACAGUCAAAUAGUCAAUGGGCUAAGGUAUCGGAAAGUUGUUCUACCGUGGUGAACCUCUGCGUGGAACUAUGCGAGCGGAGCCUGAAGGCGUUUGUCGAUGGGAAAAAGGAGGAGGAACGGUUUGUGGCACUACGAUCGCAGUUAUCUUCCGCUCGGCUCACUGGACAGGCGUGUCUGCGUUCGGCCAGUAGUGAAGCUUGGCCACUAUGUGUGGAACCGUUGGGUGUGCUUCAAACCUUGGUGGAUAACAUUACGACCGAAUUAAAGCAAGCAAUGGGUCAAUGA